CUGGAAACGCGUGUCUUAAAAAGACGCUCAGAUUGUGUCGGCAAGAAAUAUUAGUGGGAGGGUUGAAUGGAGAGGAGCGAGGCACCGGCACUAGACAUCCCUCUCUCUCUUCGGUCACUUGACCGCAACACACACACACACACACACACGCACACACACACACACACACACACACACACAGACACACACACACACACAGCCAAAUGUCGGGCGGAAGGGUUGGCUUCUGUCUCAGCGAUAAGAAACGCAAGAGGAUGAACCUGGACGCCUUUGCAGUCUUCUGUGAGGGCCACGGCGUGGACGUGGUGCAGAUCGACCUCACUCGGCCGCUGGUGCACCAGGGGCCCUUCGACGUCAUCGUUCACAAGCUGUCCGAUGUCAUCGUGGAGGCCGAGCAAGACAGCCAAUCGCAGCAGCUCCUCGCCAACUUCCAGAGCUACGUGUCGGCUCACCCCGCCACGGUUCUCCUGGACCCGUUGCCCGCCAUGACCCGGCUGCUGGACCGCUUCGCCUCUUACCGGAUCAUGAGCGAGCUGCGCGAGUCGCUCCGAGACUGGAGCAUCUGCAGCCCUCCUUAUCUGGAGAUCCACCGGGCCAGUGAGCCGCCAUCCAUCCAACAGGCUAUGAUGACCCAGGGCGUGAGCUUUCCUCUCAUUUGUAAAACCAGAGUGGCCCACGGCUCCCUUUCCCACGAGAUGUCUCUGAUCUUCAGCGGCGGCGGCCUGGAGGACAUCCGGCCUCCCUGCGUCCUCCAGAGCUUCGUCAACCACGGCGCCGUCCUGCACAAGGUGUUCGUGGUCGGAGACCGACACUUCUGCGUGGAGAGGCCUUCGCUCAAGAACUUCCCCUCGGGUGCCUGUGGUCAGUCUGCAACCGACAGGAAGACCAUCUUCUUCAACAGCCACGAGGUGUCCAAGCCGGAGUCAAACUCUGACCUCACAGCACUGGACGGGCAGACGGCGUCCCGGGCUCCUCCCAGCUCUGAGGCCGUGGCCGCUCUGGUCGGAGAGCUCCGGGUUCAGCUCGGCAUGGCCCUGUUCGGCGUGGACCUCAUCAUCAGCAUUCACACGCACACCCUCACCGUGAUCGACAUCAACAUCUUCCCAGGUACGGCGGCGGGCGGGGGCGGCGGCACGGUGACAGACCCGGUGGCGUGCACUGAUAUGAGCUCUCCUCUCCUCUCUCAGGCUACGAGGGAGUUCCCCAGUUCUUCUCCUCCCUGCUCAGCCACAUCGAGUCCGUGUUGGACCAACGCCAGGCAGGAGGAGGUCCAUCUGCUGCUACAACCGGCCUCUGAGUCCCCCUCGUCGGCCUCGGGGGCCGUGAAGUCACCGCCAUUGGCUUCUUCGCCGGUCUGUUGGGACCAAAACUCAAGACGCCGGUUCCAUUAAAACUCGUUAUUUAUAUGUAGUCCGUGACGCCUGACAAAACGAAGAGAAGAAUAAUGUGCCUUGAAGUGAUUUUACACCAUAAUGUUUUAAUACACUUUCUGUUUAUUGAUUGAAGCAUAGAAGAAGAUACAGCAGGCACAAAAUACAGCAAUCUGAUUGGCCAGUAAUAUUACAAAUGGUGUUUUCCUUAAUAUUGUUUUCACUCGUUCCCCCCCCCCCCCCCCCCCCCCCCC